AUGGCUUCCUCAUCAAACUACAAUUUUUAUGAAAAUUCUCUUGAUGAUACUUUUGAUGAAUUUGACCAAACGAUUGAGAAUGUGUUUGAAACCGCGGUUGAUGCCGCGGUUGAUGCCGCUUUGGAGUAUCAAGCACCAACAAAAGCAAAGAAGAAACGUGCCUACAUUGAAAGACAACGUGAAAUAGGCGACCAACAGUUGUGGAAUCACUACUUCCGUGAAGAUGCAACAUAUCCGCCGCAUAUUUUCAGACGCCGUUUUAGGAUGAACAAACCGCUCUUCAUGCAUAUUGAGCGACUUUCCGAAAAAGUUUCUUUUUUCCAAAAAAAAAGAGAUGCUACUGGAAGGUACGGUUUAUCUACAAUACAAAAAUGUACGACAGCAAUUCGGAUUUUGGCGUAUGGUUGUGCUUCUGAUGCAGUUGACGAAUACCUACGCCUUGGAGAAACAACUGCACUCAGGUGUUUGAAAAAUUUUGUUGAAGGGAUCAUCAAUGUAUUCGGGGAAGAAUAUCUAAGAAGACCCACCCCAGAUGAUCUUCAACGGUUACUUGAUCAUGGAGAAAACCGCGGAUUUCCAGGAAUGAUAGGAAGCAUUGAUUGUAUGCAUUGGGAGUGGAAGAAUUGUCCUACCGCAUGGAAAGGGCAAUACACACGCGGUUCAGGAAAACCGACAAUUGUGUUAGAAGCUGUAGCAUCAUAUGAUCUUUGGAUAUGGCACGCGUUUUUUGGACCUCCAGGUACAUUAAACGAUAUCAAUGUUCUAGAUCGUUCACCUGUUUUCGAUGAUGUUUUACAAGGUCGAGCACCAAAAGUUUCAUACUGGGUCAACGGACGUCAAUACCGUUUGGCGUACUACCUCACAGACGGUAUUUAUCCAAAGUGGACAGCUUUUGUCCAAUCAAUUCCAUCGCCACAAGGUGAGAAGGCCAAAGCAUUUGCGAAACGUCAAGAAUCCAUAAGAAAAGAUGUUGAACGAGCUUUUGGAGUGUUGCAAGCACGUUUCACAAUUAUCAAAAACCCUGCUCUUUUUUGGGAUAAGGAGAAGAUUAGGAAGAUUAUGAGAGCAUGUAUCAUAUUACAUAAUAUGAUUGUUGAAAACGAAAGAGAUGGGUAUACUCAGUUCGACACAAAAACUUUCGAGCAAGGGGAAGGAAGCGGAACUUCAGAGGUCGAUAGGACAUAUUCUACAAACAUGCCUACAAAUCUCAACAAUUUGCUCGAGAAAAGAAAUGAAGUUCGCAAUAAAAUAAUACAUGAACGACUAAAACAAGAUUUAGUCGAACAUAUCUGGCAACAAUUUGGCGAUUCUCAAGAUGAAGACUAA